AUGCCAAGAGAUGAGGGCAUCAAGGGCUUGGGCUUGUCCCUCUCUGCCAGCCGCUCUUCCAACCCUGCGCAAGGAUCUCCGACAGAUUUGACCCCUCGCCUUGGAUCUUUCAGCAUGAACUCGCCCAUGGCUACACCGAUGGUCGGAGGUAUGCCGCGUUCCGCUCAUCAAAUACCCGGCGCUCCCAACCUCCACGCCUCGUCUGGUCGUUUCGAAGACCUUCUGCCUACCAGCCCACCCUCGGCCUCUUUCGCUUCGUCUAGUUGGAACACUGACUUGCGCUUCGAAGGUCAACCACACACUGCCCCUCCAGCGACCGCCCCUUCCUGGACGCCAAGAGCUGUCCGAGCGGCAGAGAUGGAACGAGAACGCACGGUACAAAUCGAAGGUGGCAUGCCUCGCAGCCAAGGACUGCAAGGUCUAGGCGUGAGGUUUGUGCUUCCUCCAGUCAGCGCCACCAUUGAUCCCCACUUCUCUCGCGCCGCGCCUCAAGCUCCACUCCGAGAUGUCAUGGCUGAGCCGGACGAGGUCUCGCACAUGGCAAGCGCAAGCCUCAAGCGAAGUUCCAGCUCUACUUCCUUCUCCCAGCGCUCGACCGGCUUGACGCCCCACAUUGAGAAGACCAGACUGACACCCUACAGCGCAGGAGGACGUCCUAAGCAGGGUAAUGCUGGAAGCCCACGUGGUCGGACUGGCUCCUCAACGGCAGCUGAAGGCGACGCUGCGGAGACUAGUCCUGCGCUGCGCACUCAGAGCAAAGCUCGUUCUGAUCUUUUGCGCGAGAGCGCCCUGGCUGCUGCCGCUUCGCUACCUUUCGAAGGCUUCACCGGCAGCGCAGCCGCAGCCGCCACUGCAAGUCCAACCAAGCCUUCGUCGCGCAACGCCAAGCAGCCAAGCGACGCUAUGGAGCUCGCCUCUUCGCCACCAGUCGCCAGCGACAGACGCUCUGUCAGUCCUCAAGGCCGCAAGCGCAGUGUGGAAGAGGUCGAGGUUGCAUCCGCUCAAACGAAGAGCGCGCCUGCUGCGUCUGGCAAAGCGGAUCUGUCUCCCUGGGGAGUAUUUGACCUGUCUUCUCCCAACGAGGGGAAUAGCUGGACCCCACUUGGUCCGCCCGUAGCAUGCGCCAAUGGCAAAGGAGUUCUCGGCUCCACGAACGCCAACGUGGGCAAAUCGAGUAGAGGCGCCUCUUUGGGCAAAGGCAAAGCUCGCAUGAUCGACGCUCAGCCGAGCAAAAAGUCUAGCAGCAAAAAGAUUCGUCGAGCUCAUCGUGGAGAGGACAAGGAGAAUGCGUCUUCUGAAAGUGGAGAUAGCACCACGCAUCAUCCUCGUAGUCGAUCUGGUUCUCAGCACCGACACGUCGCACCAGGUGCCAAGGACGUUUUCGGGUCUGCGACUAACAGCCCAGCGCUCGGUGGCGCAGGAGCUGUGAGACGAUACGUCGGUAUCCGCUGA